AUGAACUGAAGGAUGUUGUGCAAGGAAAGAAUCGCCUGAGCCUUCAGUAUGCAAGUGUGUCCCCCAGAGCACUGCAAUAUGACGAGGUAAAAUCAGACUAUGACCAUCUUAGAGAAACCCUUCUCAGAGUGACGAAAGAACGAGAUUUGGCUGUAAAGGGAAAACACCAGCUCCAAGCCAAGCUGGAGAACCUAGAGCAGGUCCUAAAGCAUAUGCGAGAGGCUGCUGAACGGCGGCAACAGCUGGAGUUGGAGCAUGAGCAAGCCUUGGCUGUCCUCAACGCCAAACAGCAGGAAAUUGAGCUCCUGCAGAAGGCUCAGGUUGAAGCUAAGAAGGAACAUGAAGGAGCAGUUCAGUUGUUAGAGGCCAAGGUCCGCGAGCUGGAGGAGAAAUGCCGGACGCAGAGCGAACAGUUUAACCUCCUGUCCAGAGAGCUGGAGAAGUUUCGGCAGCAAGCAGGGAAGAUUGAUCUCCUGAGCAGUAACUCGGUGGCAUCCUCAGAGAUCCCUGGGUCUCCCGGUAAAUCUCUAUCCCAGUUAAUGAAUGGCAUAGCCACUUCUAUAGGCAAAGGUCAUGAAAGUCCUUCUGGAAGUCGUUUUGUGAUUUCAGAGUUUAUACGACCCCUUCAAAUAUCUGGAGACAAACCAGAACAAUUGUCUGUCAAACCUACAUUCCAGUCCAAGUCAAGAUCUGGUACCCCAAGAUGCAGAUUUGAUUCAGACAUGGAUAAUGAUCAGAAUUCCAAUACCUCAAAGCAGAGAUAUUCGGGGAAAGUCCAUCUUUGCAUUGCCCGUUAUAGUUACAACCCUUUCGAUGGACCAAAUGAAAAUCCAGAGGCAGAGCUCCCCCUUACGGCAGGAAAGUACCUUUAUGUGUAUGGAGAUAUGGAUGAAGAUGGAUUUUAUGAAGGGGAACUUCUAGAUGGGCAAAGAGGACUAGUCCCUUCAAAUUUUGUGGAUUUUGUUCAAGACAAUGAGACCCGAUUAUCAAGCACAUUAAGCAGUGAACAAGAUCAGAAUUUAAUCAACCAUUCAGGGCCUGCUUUGGAAGGAGAUCUCUUGGAGAUAAGUCCACCAAGUCAUAUAGAGCCUAGUGUAAUCAGCAAUGGCGCAGGGACUCUGGAUGUGAACAUUGAUGAAAUUGGAGAAGACAUUGUGCCUUAUCCUAGAAAAAUCACCCUUAUUAAACAACUAGCCAAAAGUGUCAUUGUGGGCUGGGAGCCACCGGUAGUGCCACCCGGCUGGGGAACCAUUAGCAGCUACAACGUUCUGGUUGACAAAGAAGUAAGGAUGAACAUAGCCUUGGGAAGCAGAACGAAAGCUCUGAUAGAAAAGCUCAACAUUUCUAGCUGUACCUACCGAAUAUCAGUUCAGAGCAUUACAAACAAGGGUAACUCAGAUGAACUGCAGUGCACUUUGUUAGUUGGGAAGGAUGUCAUAGUAGCCCCCUCUAAUCUUAAAGUGGACAAUAUAACCCAGAUUUCUGCUGAGCUGUCCUGGCUCCCUACUAAUAGUAAUUAUAGUCAUGUGAUCUUUCUUAAUGAAGAGGAAUUUGACAUUGUCAAGGCUGCUAGCUACAAGUACCAUUUUUUUAAUUUGAAGCCAAAUAUGGCCUACAAGGUGAAAGUCAUGGCAAAGCCCCAUCAGAUGCCCUGGCAGCUUCCCCUGGAACAACGAGAGAAGAAGGAAGCCUUUGUGGAAUUUUCUACAUUGCCAGCAGGUCCUCCAGCUCCACCUCAAGAUGUUAUUGUACGGGCCGGUCCCACCCCAGCAACCAUACAGGUGUCCUGGAAACCACCAACUCUGACAGCAACAGGGACCUCCCACGGUGCCAAUGUCACAGGCUAUGGUGUUUAUGUGAAAGGGCAACGGGUGGCGGAGGUGAUCUUUCCAACAGCAGAGAGCACACUGGUGGAGCUAAUGAGACUAAGAAGUUUGGAAGCAAAGGAAGUCACUGUUCGAACGCUCUCUGCACAAGGGGAAUCGGUGGACUCUUCUGUUGCUGCCAUUCCAUCUGACCUACUGGUGCCUCCAACCCCUCACCCCAGAACUGCUCCCAAAUCUAAGCCAUUAGCAAGUGCCGGAGCCCCAGAAACCAAAGAAGAACAUUUAGGCCCACAUAUAAAAAUGGAUGAGUCGUGGGAGCAGACUCGUUCGGCAUCCCCUGUUCAUGGACACAUGCUUGAGCCACCUGCUCCUAACUUCCACAGCCCACUUCAGGGGAGGAGGUCUCCAUCACCUAACCGAAUACUCCCUCAGCCCCAAGGCACACCCAUCCCAAACACUGUCGCAAAAGCCAUGGCAAGAGAAGCUGCACAACGAGUUGCAGAGAGCAAUAGGCUGGAGAGGAGGAGUGUUUUUAGUGAAAGGAGUAAUGCAGCCCAGUAUGCCAACUCAGAUGAGGAGGAAGAUGGCUAUGAUUCCCCUAAUGUCAAAAGAAGGGGGGCUUCAGUUGAUGAUUUCCUGAAAGGGUCAGAACUUGGAAAGCAACCUCACUAUUGCCAUGGUGAAGAGUACCAUACAGAGAGCAGCAGAGGUUCUGACUUGUCUGAUAUUAUGGAGGAAGAUGAGGAAGAGCUGUACUCCGAAAUGCAGCUGGAGGAUGGAGGAAGGCGACGAGUCAGUGUGACAUCACACAAUGCACUUAAGGAAUGCGAUAAGACCACUGAAGCCACUUUUUUGGAGCAGCCUGACUUUUCACAGCAGAUACAUCACAGUAAAAAGCUUUUCAGUAUCCCAGAAGUAGCUGAAGAGGAUGGUGAAUACUCUGAACUGCUGUACAAGCAGGGUUUAGGUAUGCCCUAUAAAAAGAACCCCACAAUAGCUAGAGACUCUAGACCACCUAGGCCCUACAAUCAAGACCAGCAGCACAACUUCUGGUACCCAGCCAAGCACAGAAUUUCAGGCAUGGAGGAUUUUGCUGCAGACGACAAAGGAAGUAAAUAUAGCCGCUCCCUGUCGAGAAGCCCAGACAGUGGCCUAGACUGUGGAAGUGAAGAAGAGGAAUCUCGGUUUAAUUUCAGAUAUACUUGUGAUCCAGUUUCUGCCAACGUUGCCUCUAGCUGUUGUGCAGAGACUGCUAACUGUUCCUGCAGGAAAAGCAUGAGGCCAUUGCUUGCUCGCAGGAAAACCUUAACCAGACAAAGCAGCAUCGAAGAGGAUUUUGGUGACCUGGGGCCUUCCUUUGUAGAGCCCAGGAGCGAACAGGUCAAGUCCAGUUACGAGAAAAAGUAUGAGACUCAGAAAUGUAAUAGAACAGAUAAUUUGUCUAAUGAAGAUGUUCAGGGAGGCUGGAAGACCGACUUAAAAAUGGCUGACUCUAGGGCAGCUGGUCUACUUGCAAAGCCAUCCCACAGAGAUGCAGAAGACUCUCUGCUUUUAGGUAAUCCAUCAUCUGCAGGACGGCCUGAAAGGGUGGAGCAUGCAGGGCGAAGGUCUUCUCAUGGCAGUGCAGUGCCACAAAGGUCUCGACCAAUGUUGGUCCCUUCCAUUGAUGGCUAUGGUGGUCAUGACCGUCUUUCUCCAGAUAUUUAUGAAGAAUCAGAAACAGAUCCUGGCACAGAAGAUAUUUCUACUCGAAUAUUUGUUGCACUCUUUGACUACGAUCCACUGACAAUGUCCCCAAAUCCUGAUGCUGCAGAAGAGGAGCUGCCAUUUAAAGAAGGACAGAUCAUUAAGGUUUAUGGAGACAAAGAUGCUGAUGGAUUCUAUCGUGGAGAAACCUGCACAAGAAUUGGCCUUAUCCCAUGUAAUAUGGUCUCUGAGAUCCAAGCAGACGAUGAAGAGAUGAUGGAUCAGCUGCUAAAACAAGGCUUUCUUCCUUUGAACACACCAGUUGAGAAAAUUGAAAGGAACAGGCGGAGCGGCAGACAACAGCCCGUGUCUACGAGGAGGAUGGUGGCACUGUACGAUUAUGAUCCCAGAGAGAGCUCUCCUAACGUGGACGUGGAGGCUGAGCUGACAUUCUGCACUGGGGACAUUAUUACCGUCUUUGGUGAAAUCGAUGAAGAUGGAUUUUACUACGGUGAACUUAAUGGGCAAAAGGGGCUGGUUCCUUCCAACUUCCUUGAAGAAGUGCCUGACGAUGUUGAAGUCUAUCUAUCUGACGCACCCUCACGCUACGUCCAGGACACACCGAUCCGUACAAAAGCAAAAAGGAAGAAGAGUGUUCAUUUCACACCUUAAUAAGGCAAUGUAGCCUUCACGUAAGUGAGCAACUGAAGAUACCAAUAGAGAUUUCAAUUAAAGCUACCUGGCUAUCUAAUGCAAGUCUUGAAACUUAACUGUGGGG